GAGAGAGAUGGAGUAUGGAAGUGGAGGAAGUGGGUCCCCUGGUGAUCACCAUCAUCACCAUGAUGGUUCUGAUUCUCAGAGAAGGAAGAAGCGUUACCACCGUCACACAGCUAAUCAGAUUCAAAGGCUUGAAUCGAUGUUCAAGGAGUGUCCACACCCAGAUGAGAAGCAGAGGUUGCAGUUAAGCAGAGAACUAGGCUUGGCGCCUAGACAGAUCAAAUUUUGGUUUCAGAAUAGGAGGACCCAGAUGAAGGCACAGCAUGAGAGAGCUGAUAAUUGUGCACUCAGGGCAGAGAAUGACAAGAUACGUUGUGAGAACAUAGCCAUAAGGGAGGCCCUGAAAAAUGUUAUAUGCCCUUCUUGUGGUGGACCUCCUAUCAAUGAGGAUUCUUAUUUUGAUGAGCAAAAAUUGAGGUUGGAGAAUGCCCAACUCAAAGAGGAGCUUGAUAGAGUGUCUAGCAUUGCAGCUAAAUACAUUGGAAGACCAAUUUCUCAGCUUCCUCCAGUUCAGCCUAUCCAUAUAUCUUCUUUGGACUUGUCAAUGGGGAGUUUUGGGAGCCAAGGAUUGGGUGGUCCUUCCCUUGAUCUUGAUCUUCUUCCUGGGAGUUCUUCUUCAUCCAUGCCAAAUGUGCCUCCUUACCAACCUGCUUGUCUUUCAGACAUGGAUAAGUCCCUUAUGUCAGACAUUGCUUCAAAUGCCAUGGAAGAAUUGAUAAGACUCUUGCAAACAAAUGAGCCCUUGUGGAUUAAAUCAAGUGCUGAUGGGAGGGAUGUUCUUAAUCUUGAUACAUAUGAAAGAAUGUUUCCAAAGACUAAUAGUCACUUGAAGAACCCCAAUGUUCGCAUUGAAGCUUCUAGAGAUUCAGGAGUUGUAAUUAUGAACGGCUUAACUUUGGUUGACAUGUUUAUGGACCCUAACAAGUGGAUGGAGCUAUUUCCCACUAUUGUCACAAUGGCAAGAACUAUUGAAGUUAUAUCUUCUGGAAUGAUGGGUGGUCACAGUGGUUCUUUGCAAUUGAUGUAUGAAGAAUUGCAAGUGCUUUCUCCACUUGUUUCUACUAGAGAGUUCUACUUCCUGCGUUACUGUCAACAAAUUGAACAAGGCUUGUGGGCAAUAGUAGAUGUUUCAUAUGAUUUUCCUCAAGAUAACCAAUUUGCUCCUCAAUUUCGAUCUCAUCGUCUUCCUUCUGGUUGCUUUAUCCAAGACAUGCCUAAUGGGUAUUCCAAGGUUACUUGGAUUGAACAUGUAGAGAUUGAAGAUAAAAAUCCAGUUCAUAGACUCUAUAGAAAUAUUAUUUACAGCGGCAUGGCAUUUGGAGCACAAAGAUGGCUCACUACACUUCAAAGGAUGUGUGAAAGGCUUGCGUGUCUAAUGGUGACAGGCAAUUCUACCCGUGAUCUUGGAGGAGUGAUUCCAUCUCCCGAGGGUAAGAGGAGCAUGAUGAAACUUGCACAAAGGAUGGUUACCAAUUUCUGUACAAGCAUUAGUGCAUCACCUGGUCAUAGAUGGACCACACUCUCAGGGUUGAAUGAGAUUGGAGUCAGAGUCACUGUGCAUAAGAGCACAGAUCCUGGCCAACCUAAUGGUGUGGUGCUAAGUGCAGCCACCACCAUUUGGCUCCCAAUUCCUCCACAAACUGUGUUCAAUUUUUUCAAGGAUGAAAGGAAAAGACCUCAGUGGGAUGUUCUUUCCAAUGGUAAUGCUGUUCAAGAGGUUGCUCAUAUAGCAAAUGGUUCACACCCUGGUAACUGCAUAUCAGUGCUUCGAGCUUUCAACACAAGUCAAAACAACAUGCUCAUACUCCAAGAGAGUUGUGUGGACUCCUCAGGUUCCCUUGUGGUGUAUUGUCCUGUUGAUCUACCAGCCAUAAACAUAGCAAUGAGUGGAGAAGACCCUUCAUACAUUCCUCUACUUCCGUCAGGCUUCACAAUUUCACCUGAUGGCCAACAAGACCAAGAAGGAGUAGGAGUAGGAGUAGGAGGUGCAUCAACAAGCACAAACACAAACAGAAUCAUGGGUUGUGGUUCAUCUUCAAGUGGCUCACUCAUCACAGUAGCAUUCCAAAUCCUAGUGAGUAGCUUGCCAUCUGCCAAGCUCAACAUGGAGUCGGUGACCACUGUUAAUAGCCUUAUCGGCAACACUGUGCAGCAAAUAAAAGCUGCCUUGAAUUGUCCUAGUUCCUGA